AUGCGUAACCUCCGGUCACUUCUACCUCCACUAAAUUUCAUCACGAUACAUUACACCUACUUCAUCAUCGUCCCAUUGAUCUCAUCCGUCAUAUUUUGGGGUUCCUCAGACCCCAAGUUCAGCAUCUCCUAUGUUGACAGCUUAUUUUUGGUCACCUCUGCCAUGACAGAGGCUGGCCUAAAUACUGUCAACCUCAGUCAGAUGACCACAUGGCAACAAGUCUUACUAUGGCUUUUGAUCAUCAUCGGGAGUUCUAUUUGGGUAUCCAUUUGGACUGUCCUGGUACGCAAGCAUGCCUUUGAAGUACGCUUCGAAGAGAUCGUGCGAAAAGAGCGGAAGCGCCGACUAGAGAGGCGGAAUCCAAGCCUGACUCUACUUCCCAUCACUCACAGGCUUAGGACUUUUGGGAAGAGUAGGACGAUGCCGCAUGGCGGUGAGGGUAUUCCUCCAUGGGAACAACGCGGGGCCGUCAGCCUACCCGUUAUAUCCCAACCAAGCGACGGGAGACUUCUUUCUACCAUUGCACCUACGGAACGGGGUGUCGGUCCGCGUGAAAACGCAGAACCCGAUACCCGUCGAUUGAGUCUUCCCCCCGCAGGAGAUGUCGCAAUAGCCCCCGCUGCUGCCCCAAAUGCUACAGGGGGCGCCGCCACAGCAGCACAAGGAAAUGUCGAGCACGUCGCAUUUGUUGAUGAUCUUCAUGACAGGGCUAGGUCGACCUCUAUUGCCGCCAGCGGAGUUACUGCGCGGAGACAUUUGUCUGGCACGGAAACGGCCGUCAGCCGCCACAGCUAUUUAGGAAAUCAUAAAGUCGGGCGUAAUGCUCAAUUCCACGAUUUGACGAGUGAAGAACGAGAAGAGCUCGGUGGGACCGAAUACCGAGCUCUUAAACUCCUUUCUAUCGUCGUUCCGCUAUACUUCUUCCUGUGGCAAUUCCUUGGAUGCAUCUCGCUCGGUGCUUGGAUCUCUCAUAAUCUACCGCAACCCGCCUUAGAUAAUGCCAUUUCUCCUUGGUGGAAUGGCAUUUUCAAUGGCGUAUCCGCUUUUAAUAAUAGCGGCAUGAGCGUGCUGGAUUUAAAUAUGAUACCGUACGGAAGUGCGUAUUUCGUGCUAAUAGUUAUGGGCGCGAUGAUUCUCGCUGGGAAUACGGCGUAUCCCGUAUUUUUACGGUUGAUUCUUUGGUCUGGCUUAAAGCUUUUGCAGCUUUUAACUUAUCCAGAGGACUUGGUAGAAUGGAAAGAGACAAUCGAGUACAUCCUCAAGUAUCCUCGGCGUGUCUACACCAACCUAUUCCCCUCGCGACAAACUUAUUGGCUCGUUUUUAUGCUCUUCGUGCUGAAUGGUACCGAUUGGGCUGCAUUUGAAGUACUCAAUCUUGGCAAUUCCAACCUCGAGGAAACCCCGCUUGGCUCUCGUAUCAUCGAUGGACUCUUCCAAGCGUUAGCUGUCCGAUCUGGUGGAUUUUACGUGGUGUCGAUCCCAACGUUAUUCAUCGGUCUACAAGUUUUAUAUGUUAUCAUGAUGUACAUAUCCGUGUACCCGGUCGUAAUAACAAUGCGCCACUCCAACGUCUACGAAGAACGCUCUCUCGGCAUAUACGGCGAGGACCCUACUUACAAUCACGCCCUAACACGUCCUAUUUCGCGGGGGCAAUCGGGUAACAACGCGGAAUCCAUGAGCCGCAUGAUCCGUCUUGCCUUCGCGGAGUGGUAUGGUGUCGGCGCCGCACCAAACGAGAAAGAAAGUCGCAUCAGCUUUAUCAGCCACCAGAUCCGAGGCCAACUAUCACACGACUUGUGGUGGUUAGUCAUCGCCGUACUGCUUAUCUCUAUCAUCGAGACCAAGCAUUUUAUCGAGGACCCGGUUACGUUUUCCGUCUUUAAUAUCGUGUUCGAAGUUGUGUCUGCCUAUGGUUGCGUUGGUAUAAGUAUCGGGUUACCAACAGCGAAUUAUAGCUUCAGCGGCGGACUCUUCCCUGGCAGCAAGUUGGUCCUGGCCGCUGUUAUGAUACGAGGACGACAUCGUGGUUUGCCGGUAGCUCUUGAUCGUGCUGUGAGGCUGCCUAGUGAUGAUAUGCACAUGGUCGAAGAAGAAGAUCAUCAUAUCCGUAGGUCUAUGUCGGUGAGACGGCCAAGCAUGGAUACCGUAUAAUCAGGCAACUGCCGCAUCAUUUGCUCGCGGGAAAUGUUGAGCCCAACCCAAUCUCGUCUCCGGUUGUUUAAAAGCGUCGUCGCCGUCGAUUUUUCGUUAUAGCGGAGUUGGUAUACCCGUUGUAGGAUUUCGAACACGCUGGUGCUGGUAGAUUUUCUACUCAUUUGAUGCCUAUUCUUUGAUCUUUCCACGACCUUAUGUUUAUGAAUUCCUAUUCAUACUUCCACCUCAAAUAUAUAAAGCGAAAAGCAUGCGAAUUUUCAAUCAUGACCCAUAACGACCAUUACGUUUGUAUGUAAUCUCCGCGCUAAGU